GUGCAGAUGAUCUCCGCGGAGGCGGACGGGGGCUCCGCGCCCUCCGUUCUCAGGCAAGCCAUGUUCUGCCCGGAAGACUUGGAGAACAUGGGCAUGAGCGAUCUCAAGGCGAUCAUGGAAAGGCUCGCCGUGAGAGGCUCCAAAUCGGACGACAAGGCUGAGCUGAUCCGGCGUUUCCACGAGGAGGGCCUGGUCUUUUGCGAAGCCGAGGCUGCGCGGCGACGGCAGGCGGCGCAGAAGAUGCAGGCCGAAACCGCCGCGCCCGCCGGCACUGGUGCCGCCGCGCCGGCGGCCAGAGCCGACACGGGGCCGCCGCUGGCGCAGCGCAGCGGCGCCGGCGGAAAGUUUGCGGACCAUGCCCACACCUUGAGGGUAUGGAAGACGUGGUGGUAG